UGAAAUCCAAGUCUCUCGGCGAUGCUGUGGUGAAGUUUGACAUUUUCAGGCUAUGCAGCCCUGGGAUGGUCAGUCGUAUCUUUCGGCCUAGAAGUUGCCGCAAAUGCCAAAGACGCCCGUAAAUUCAUUAUAGUGAGUUCCCAAGCCAUCACACAUAUUAUGACAAGAUACGCACGGUACGAAAUCUUGUACACAGGGCCGCCGACAGAUGAAGAGUUUGAGGAUCUCAUUACGGACGUUUAUGAGGCGAUCCUGUUCUAUUCGAUUGAAAUAAACGACUAUCUGAAACAAUGCGCAGAAGCAGUCCUGAGUCUUGAUGGACGCACCAUUUCGGACAUAAAGAAGACCAUCGAUUCUGCAGAUGAAAGGGCUCAAUAUUCGCUGAAAACUGUCGAAGGCAAAUGUGACCAGGAAAGCUUGGCCCAGAUUUUGCAGAAGAUUGAUAGCGGUAUAAAUCCUGUCUAUCACCUCACAAAACGUUUGCUUCGCAUACUGAGUGAAGAUAAUUCCAUGACCCUUGGCUGGCUCCCCGGCAACGAAAGUGGAGACCAAAAUCAUAUUGACAUCCAGAACAAGAUCUCGCAUCUUCAAAACCCGGGAGAAUGGUUGAGGAAACUGGACAAGUUCAAGGAAUGGCGGAAUUCCAAAGUUUCCUGUGGCAUUUGGCUGAAAGGAGCGCUUGAACAGGUAAAACUGUACUAACUUCUACUGUGAUUGUUCACAUUACUCAUCUUUAUGGCAAAACGAAACCAGGAGCAUUCGCGUACUACUACUGUUCUGGCACGAACACAAGUACGAAGUCAAACCGCAUUCUCGGGA